CUCGAAUGUUUCUUUAUCAGACAAUCUCCACAGCGCGAAUCUCUUUUCUUCCGUAGAUCUCACUUAGCUUUUUGGCUAUGGAAAAUCGAGUGGCGCCUUACGGCAGCUUCAUGUCCCUGCAGCAUCUCCAAGCUGAAGAUGAACGUGGGGUAACUGCCCCGGCAGCCCCAGCCGGUGGUGGGUGGCCGACUGAGGAGGACAUUUUCUUUGACUGGGAGUUAUACGGCAUACAAGAUCCCAGCUGCAAUCCCGAAUUCUUGCCAUAUGAACAGGCAUCUCGGUCGACGGGGACGCUGGACUUUACUGCUACGCAAUUCGAGCCGCAACGAGCUUCGCUCUCUGGCGGUGAUUCGGCGUCGGCUAUCGCCAGUAACCCUGAACCCGAAGGAUGGGGCUGUCUCCAGGUUGGGCCAGGUACUACAAGUACUCCAAUUGUGCCGUCGGGCUUCAACAAUGUUGCCGAGUGGUUGGAUGGCGCGUAUCGUCCCCCAACACCCUGCGACCACUGCCGUAGACAUCGGCUGCAGUGUUUAGUUCUGCGGCGCACAUCCCAUAACCCCAACCCAGUACCGUCAUGUUCCAGCUGUGUGGGCUUGUUCCGUCCAUGCAGCUUUGGGCGCGGAGAGAAGCGCCAGCCGUCGGGGUUUGAGACGCUGUCUCCAGUCCUGGGGCAUCUUCACGGCGUUAUUGAAGAAGGGAAUGAGAAUGAAUGCGGGGAGCGCAAACUGGACUCCAAAGAGUCGAAGCAGUUUGUCAGGAAAGGAGCGAGGGUGUUACGGGAUUGGUUUUAUCAGAAUGAGCACUGCCCGUAUCCGUCGGAAGAGGAGAAGGCUCGACUUGCAGCGGAGACUGGGUUUUCGAGGCAGAGGAUCUCUACUUGGUUUGCGAAUGCCCGGCGGCGGCAUAAGCAGCAGAAACAGGCUAGAACGUCUACCCGGGUGUUCCGCGCUGGGUCGCCGAUGCCAACGAGUGAACUGGCCUCUAUGACCCCGAUGGAGCGCUGGCAGGCGUCGCCGCCUGAUGAGGAGCCAGUGUCGGAGGCUAUGAUUCGAGAAGCGAUUGCUACAUCCUCUGGUUCGGACGUGUCAGGUUGUCGAAGCCGGUUCGAAUCGCCUUUAACUGAUUUCUCGUCUGGGUUGGAAGGGUCAUCACUCGCCUCGUCAGUAUCAAGUUUUGGUGUACUGGCAUCAGACGCAUCCGAUAGCAGUUCAUCGGCUUGGAGUUACAAGUCAGGAGAUGGGCCACUGCGGCCACGACCGUAUCGCCGUCCAUCAUCUGGACGACGAGGCGGACGAAAACGCGUUACAGAAGACGGCCAUUACCAAUGUACGUUUUGCAUGCAGUCGUUCAAGAAGAAGCACGACUGGUCGAGACACGAAAAGAGCGUCCAUCUCCCGUUAGAUGUCUGGAUUUGCACUCCAAACCUCAGCGAACUGGAAGAUACCAAUAUACCUUUCGGGAAAUGCCGAUUCUGCGACCAUCAGUCCUCAAGUCCGGAGCACUGGGAGAGCCACGACUUCCGGGAAUGUGCCAGCAAGCCUCUACCAGAACGCUCCUUCAGCCGCAAAGACUAUCUCUGGCAGCAUCUGCGUAAAUUUCAUGGAUGUACACGAUAUCCGGUGCCAAACCUUGAAGCCUGGCGAUCGGCGCAAACCGAUAUUCAGAGCCGCUGUGGUUUCUGUGCAGCAUCUUUACCUAGCUGGUCGGCGCGCGCUGACCAUCUAGCGAUCCAUUUCAAAGAUGGCUGUCGGAUGUCGCAGUGGGCGGGCGACUGGGGAUUUGAAUUCUCGGUUCUUGCGAACCUUAGAAACGCUGUUUUGCCGAUGGAGCGUAGCCUGUUGAGUAUGGCAUCGACCUGAUUCACCUUACUAGGGUUGUACAAAUUUCAUGUCAAGCCUUGAAUGUCGACCUGUGU